CACGUCAUCAAUGUGUUUUGGCCGCGAUCUCAAGGGAGACGGCGUCCAAGAAGACGCUCUGAACGCCCGUCCCGUUUCAGCUCCCAAGGCCACCGCAAGAGCCACCAGCAUGUCGUACGAUCCUCCCUCCGGCCCGCCGCCGAACUACUCGCAUCUAGGCUCAAACAAUCCCUACGCUCCCUCUAACGGCCUUUCCGCUCCCCAGAGGACGCAGGAGGAGUAUGAGGCGCCUUCUGGGCCGCCGCCGGGGCGUGGUGAUGGUGGGUACGCGCCGCCGUCUGGGCCUCCGCCGGGACAUGGCUACGAAGCCCCUCCUGGUCCUCCUCCUUCGCAAUCGCGUUACGAAGCCCCAUCUGGGCCCCCUCCAUCCCACGUCGGCGGGUAUGAGCCACCUCCCGGACCUCCUCCCUCCCACAUCGGCGGGUACGAGCCACCGUCUGGACCUCCUCCGUCUCGCGUAGGCGGGUACGAGUCACCAUCUGGGCCUCCUCCCUCCCACGGCGGGUACGAGCCACCAUCUGGACCUCCUCCAUCCCACGGCGGGUACGACGCACCCCCUGGCCCACCCCCUUCCAAAAAGCUAGAAGAAGCAGCUCCAUAUCACGACUGGCAAACCGCAGUCCCCGACACCUCUCUGCUCCCCCCUCCCCCCUCCUUCGGCGAGGAUCGCAGCAGCGCUAACAACGCCACCGAGUCCGAAGCCGACCGCGGCGAAACCUGGUGUAGGGCGCGCCCACUCAUCGCCCCUGCGCAGCUCACCCAAGCGACCAUCAGCGCCGUUGAUGACGGGUUUGUAGACCUAAUGCGGCCGUCGCAGUACGUUGGGUCGGUGCAGAAAACGCGCAAGGGGACGUGGGUGUGCGCCUCGAAGCGCAAGUCGCCUGACAGCUGUCUCGUGUCCACUGUGCCGCUUUACAGCGUGCUAGCGCACUCACCCAUGUCGCUGCGGCGGUCGAAGACGAUCUACUUCGAAGUUGCGAUCUCGCCGCGCAACCGCAGCGAGGUCAGCAUAGCGCUUGGCUUUGUGGCCCAGCCGUUCCCGCCCUUCCGCCUGCCUGGGUGGGAGAGGGGGAGUCUGGGGGUGCAUGGAGAUGAUGGAAAUAAGUAUAUCAAUGACUGUUGGGGCGGGAAGGGGUUCACGGACCCGUUUAAGCCGGGGGAGACGAUUGGACUGGGGAUGGUGUUGAAGCCGAAGAAGUCGGAUGCGCCGCCGUCUUACGGGGAGCCGCAGCCAAGGGAGGUGGUGGAUGUGGAGAUCUUCUUGACGAGGGAGGGGGAGAAGGUUGGGCAAUGGGAUUUGCAUGAGGAGGCGGAUGCGAGCCAGGAUCGACUGGUGACGGGGUUAGAGGGGGGGCAUGAUUUGUUUGCGGCGGUGGGGACGUUUGAGGAGGCAUCGUUUGAGGUGAGGUUUGAUUCAAAGGAUUGGAUGUAUGUGCCUUCGUUUUAAGUCUAUAGAGUCUAUUUGCGAGGCGAGGAGCGAGGGGGAUAAUAUGAGGUUGGAAUAGACUAUAUAUUACGGGUUUACUUAUCUCUUUCUGACGGCGACAGUUACGUCGGGGGCUUUAUCACAAUUAGAAAGCUUACACCUCAUCUCCUCCACUCUUCCAAAGAUACGCCCGCAGAGUUUGCAG